AAUGGCGAGUGGGAUGAGUUAAAGACUGUGAUGGAGGGAGAUGUUCUCACUCUACAAACAAGAGACACUGAGAGUCUCAGUGAAGUAACAUGGCUGUUUAAACGAGGUGAUCAAACUGUUCGUAUCGCACAGAUGUAUCAGGGUUAUGAACCCUUUUAUGAAGAAACACUAACCGGCAGAGUGAAAAUGAACCCAAAGACUGGAGCUCUGACCAUCUGGAACAUCAGCAGCAGCGAAUCUGGACUUUAUCAAGUUUCUCUCCACAGUGGAUCUGUCUCAGAGAAAAGGUUCAGAGUGGAUGUUUACAGGCCUGUUUCUGUGCCUGUCAUCAGGUCUCUUGUUAGUGUAAACCAAACUCAAGGUUCAUCAAAGUCACAGAAGAUGAAGGAGGUCUGCUCUGUGUUGUGUUCUGUGAAAAAUUAUCGAGGUGUGUUUAUCUCGUGGUAUAAAGGAGGAGAAAUGUUGAACCAGACCAGCAAUCCUGAUCUCAGCAUCAACCUCAGUUUACCAUUAGAGCUUCAUUAUAAUGAUCCAGAGACCUACAGCUGCACGGCUGCAAACCCAGUGAGCAAUAAGAGUGUCUUUCUGCAAAUGAAAGAGAUCUGCCUCUCUUCUCUUUCAGAUUAUCAGGAUCAUUGCGGCAUUACUGAGGCUCUGGUUCAUCUGGUUCUGUCUGGUCUGCUGGGAAUCGCCAUCAUUGUCUUUCUGGUUGAACAUCUGAGGUUCAGCUCAUCUCAGAGAAGAGCUGCUUCUUCUAUAUGAUGGUGACUUGCAUGAGAUGCUACAAUGGCAGGCUCAGCCCUUGUUGUCUUGUGAGUCCACACAAUGUCUUGUACUUACAUUUUCAUCAUCAUCCUAUCAAGCUCCAAGUUCAGGUCCUUCUUCAUUGUCCACUGAUAAGUUUGUGUCAACCACAAUCUCUAAGGAUUCAUCUGUGGCUGGUUCA